CUGACGUGGGCUUGGACUGUUUGUACAUCGUUUGCAGAACGCGGCUCUCCUUUGUUUGCUGAGGAAAGCGCCGCUCCCCUGCCCAGGUUGUUCAUUGUUGACUGAAAUUAACAACAGGUGGCGAACAGAGCCCCUCCUAAGGUUGCUCAGGAUAAGUCAUUUAUUAAAUAGGUCUGUUUUUCAGUUAGGCUCUCCGAAGGAAAUGCCAUACCUGGGCCCGGAAGGAAGCCAGGGCCUCUAACCCCUGGGGUUGAUUUCUUCGCGAAGUUGCACCCUGCAAAGGGAAUAUGGCCCAGGCGGCUCUCAACUGAGGAAUCAGGGCAGGUGGUUAGAAAGCCAUGCGUUCUGCGUUUGUCUGGAAUGGAUUGUGGAGAGAUGGACUUAUAUGAGGACUACCAGUCCCCGUUUGAUUUUGAUACAGGAGUGAACAAAAGCUAUCUCUACUUAUCUCCUAGUGGAAAUUCAUCUCCACCCGGAUCACCUGCUCUGCAAAAAUUUGGUCUGCUGAGAACAGACCCAGUCCCGGAGGAAGGAGAAGAUGUUGCUGCCACGAUCGGUACUACAGAGACCCUAUCGGAAGAGGAGCGAGAAGAGCUAAGAAGAGAACUUGCAAAGGUAGAAGAAGAAAUCCAGACUCUGUCUCAAGUGUUAGCAGCGAAAGAGAAGCACCUAGCAGAGAUCAAGCGGAAACUUGGAAUCAGUUCACUACAGGAACUAAAACAGAACAUUGCCAAAGGGUGGCAAGAUGUGACGGCAACAUCUGCAUACAAGAAGACAUCUGAAACCUUGACUCAGGCUGGACAGAAGGCUUCAGCUGCUUUUUCAUCUGUUGGCUCCGUCAUCACCAAAAAGCUGGAAGAUGUAAAAAACUCCCCAACUUUCAAAUCCUUUGAAGAAAAAGUUGAAAACUUAAAGUCCAAAGUAGGGGCAACCAAGCCUGCUGGCGGUGAUUUUGGAGAAGUCUUGAAUUCAGCUGCAAAUGCUAGUGCCACCGCCACGGAGCCUCUUCCAGAACCGACACAGGAGAGCCUGUGAGAUUCCUACCUUUGUUCUGCUACCCACUGCCAGAUGCUGCAAGCGAGAUCCAAGCACAUCUUGUCAACAUUCAUUGUCAUGAAUUUCUACCAGAUGUGCUUUUAUUUAGCUUUACAUAUUCCUUUGACCAAAUAGUUUGUGGGUUAAACAAAAUGAAAACAUCUUCACCUCUAUUCCUGGGAAACACCCUUUAAUGUGUAUUUAAGGCCCUUUAUUUAGGAAACACCAUUAUAAAAGCACUUAUAGUACCUGGGGACACUCACUAGAAUGAUCUAAGAAGCUGCAGGUUGUCAUAGUCACUUUCUUACUUUACAAAAUUGCUCUAGAUCUGGGAUGCCAGUUUGGUCUUUGUCUUCUACAAGAUUUCCUUUUUUCUUUGAAUCUCUGUAUAUUUGAUUCCUAAUUAAAAUUGUUCUUUUACAUUUUCUGAAUCCUAGUUAUUCAAAGUUUGGGUAUAUUUUCUUUACCUCUAAGGGAAGAGCUAUGAGCUACAAAUAGAUAUUUUGGAAUAAACACUGUUUUGGUACAAGAUACAUAUCUUGGGUGUCUGAAGACACCAGACUAGCAUACAUAGCUCUACAUCCAAUUUGUUACAGUUUUGUAAGUGACAAUUAUACACUAAUCAAACUUGUAGGUGAUGAGAGUAGGACUCCUCUCCCAUCCAUCCUUAUCUCCAUUUAUGAUAGUAACCAUUUCAGUGUAUUGGUUAUUAUGUCACUCAUAUCAACUUAUUUUUUACCAGGUUAAAAUUCUAAUUUGAGUAAAUUGACAAAAUAACAUUCUGAAUCAAGCAUAUUGUAUUAUCAGUAGGUUGAAAUGUGAGCACUCUUGUCAAUUCAGACUGAAAGUUUUUUAGAUCUAGAUUGCUGUAGAAACACCAAUCACAUUAGGGGAAACAUUGCUGUCUUCAUUUAAUCCAUUCAGCACCAUUUAAAAUAAGCACACAAAGUUAUACGACUAAUAUAACUUGAGCAUUUUUUUAUACUAAGGGGUUGGUGAUAACUCGUGAGGUUGCAAUGCAUUAAUAAAAAUAAACUCAUCAUUUUUCUACUUAUUUGUUUUCAAUGUGUUAGAAAUUAUACAAGGAUACUGUAGACACUGCCCCCUAUUUGAGAACUGAGUGUUGGGGCUGAGUGAAUCAUGGCCUCUGAACGAAUGUGCAUAGAGGCCAAGGUACUCAAUUCUAAUAACUACUUACACGUCACCACCACUUUUUCCUUAUGCUGUAUAUGUUUAUGGCUUACAAUGUUGUAUUUGUUAUUUAUCAAGUUGUGAUUGUUUUAUUAUUGUUUAUGCCAAAUGUUAAUUGCCAAGCUUGGAGUGACCUAAAGCAUUUUUUUUAAAAGCAUGGCUAGAUUUACUUCAGGAUAAAUUAUCUUAUGAAAACCAAAUUUGAAAAGCCACAAGUGUUGAUUGUUAUGAAAUAACAUGUUGCCAUUCUUGAUUGCUAGAGCUUUUGUUAGCAUUUUGGACGCAAUUAAACUAUGCUCUAUUACAUGUGAAAAGCUUAAUAAAUUCUGUAUAUCAGUAGUAUAGGUCUUAAUAUUUAUUAUGAGACCAAUGGUCUGGAAAAAGCUUGUUGUGUUAAAGAAUCAAUUGUUGUCUGCGCUAAAAACAAAGAAACAAAAAAAGUUUUUUAACCAUCCACUUUAAAUCAUUGCUUAAUGGUAUCAGAUUAACAUAUUCUAAAUAAUUUCCUUUUAGAGAAUUUAAGGCAAAGGUUGUUGAAACAUUGUCCCAGAGAAGUGGAUCUGUAGAAAUUUAUCUUUCUAUAGAAAUAUUGUGGUGAUUCAACGUAACUGUUAAAUUAUUUUUUCUGCCCAUUAGUCUUUAAUUUUUUUUAUUCCAACAUCUUUUCAUCACAUCGUUUCUUGAGUGUCCUGCCCUAUUACUGUCUUUUCAACAAGGCAAAAUAGAGUGAGAUGGCAAUUUCUUCAGUUGAGAGAAUAUCCUCAAAUCUCUUUACCGCCCAAUUUGGGGAAAAUGAUAGAUAUAGGGGUGAGAAGUGGGAUGGGUAUAUGUAGGUGUGUAUUGGGGAUGGUUGUGAAAGAAGAAAUUGGAGAAUCACUUUUCUAGACAUCUACCUGCACUUAAUCUAAAACAAAAAUUAAUCUAUUGUAAAGUACUCUACCCCUUAAAAGAAGUAGUACAAAGAGUGAAGAUGAAUUUAGAACAAUAGACAUGGAUUUAGAAAUAUUCAAAAUGGUCUUUGUAGGGCAGAUUCAACAUUAUGAAUUCCCACAUAUUUAAGGAAUUUGAAACAUAGUAAUUAAUAGAAAUACUAGAAAGAAGUCCUGGUUACUCUAUUGUGUUUUGUGUUUAACACUCUAAGAAAACGAGAGUGAAAUCUCAGAUAUUUAAGGACUCAAAAAGUAUAAUAGAAGAAAAUAUCCCUGAAGAUAUCCCUUUCUUACAAAAAGGAAUGUCCUGAAUUUAAAGUUUGUGGGAAAUAAAGCAAGAAUUUUUGUGCUUAUAAGGCCAAAGUAAUUGGGAUGGAAGAGGGUAGAACUCAGUGAUUGGAUUAUCAUUGUAGCAACUCAAAGUAACUUGAAAUAGGAAAAAAAAACAUUUAAUUUGGACUGUUUCUGGAUCUGUUAAGAUAUACAUGCUGUCUAUUUUUUUGUAUAGUAUUUGAAAACAAUAAAAAUUCUAUGAUUUGGG